AUGGAACACAUAACUGUAGAGUAUUAUCGUGCUGGUACUCCUUAUUUAUCACCAGAAGCUAUUGAGGAAAUCAUUCAAUCUCGAGGGACAGUUAAAAAUAUAUACAGGGAAAUGGCUAAUAGAUAUAAUAGAAAGUCAAAGAAAAAAAACCCAGGAUCCAGUUCUAGAUCUGUUCAGGUAUCUGAUUCAAUAAAUAUUCUGAUAAAAAAAGUAGUUGAAAUGGAUGAUUUACAAGCUAGGCUUGCACAAAAUCGCAAAGAAAGAGAAGAAGCUAAACGUGAGACAAAAAGAGUUUUAGAUUCUAACUAA